UGAGCUUCUUCCUCUGUACCUUGCAACCAUACACCAACCGUCAUCAUGCCUGCCGAAGUUUCCGAUAUCAAGCAGUUCAUUGAGAUCUGCCGCCGCAAGGAUGCCUCCUCUGCGCGCAUCAAGAAGAACCGCAAGAACCAGCAGACCAAGUUCAAGGUUCGCUGCCAGAAGAACCUCUACACCCUUGUCCUGAAGGACUCCGACAAGGCCGACAAGCUCAAGCAGAGCCUUCCCCCUGCCCUCAAGGUCGUCGAUGUCACCAACGGCACCAAGAAGACCAACUAA